GCAAAUACCAAGCAGACAGAAACUAUUGUGUUUCUAGCCUGCACAAUUAGAGUUUGAAUCAUAAAGUUCUGAUAUGCAAAGCAUUGGGAGUUCAAUUGGAUUACAGUUCCCAGCUCUCCAGGAAUUGAGCAUUACAGUCCCAACAUUUGACAUGCUGGAAGAAUUUAUUGAUUUUAAGACGUUAAAGUGCCCACACGUUACACAGCUUUACAUUGGCAUUGGUGAAUUUAGGGACCCUUUAGAUGGUGCUUUUAAUAUCUCAAUGCAGCACAGCAAAAAUCUAGCAGCCAGUAUAAAACAGCAUAUUCCAAGUGUGACUAAGUUAAAGAUAGGUUAUUAUGAUUGUAAUAACAAGAUUGCAUUUUAUGAUGAGUUGGUUAGUCUUUACAUUGAUCAGCUUGUUCACAUCAGCAUCCCCUCCCCUAUGACUUUUACUGCAGCACAGUUUUCCUGCGAGCUUGUGCACUUGUCGCUGAAUCUCAAGUUGAAUACCUUGCAGAGCCUUCCAAACGUGUUUUUUGAAACACUGGAAUACUUGGACUUGGACUAUGCAGAUCCUAGAUUUGCAUGGGAGAAAAUGCUAAAGAAUGAUUUGACAGCUGAGAAUAUAUGCUUUAAGUGCUUGGAAUACUUGAAAAUCAAAUACAGAGAGAGUUUUGAGAAUGAGGAGGAUAAUGAAAGUGAGUACAUUGCUUUGGAAUGCCAGCAAUUCAUAAGCAGCCAGAAGGAGCAGCAGAAAAAACAGAGUACACUCAAUGCCUUGUGCCCCAGACUGAAGGAUCUGUGGAUUAGGAAUGCCACAGUCCCCAGACUCCAAAAAAUAAUGAGAUGUGGCUCUGACCAGUGGCCCUGUGUCAGGAGUGUAUUCAUAUACUUUGAGAAAUACGACAUUUCCUGUGACAUCAGAAAUGGGGGCCGAGUCACGUGACAGCGCAGACGCGUAAAAUAUGUUUAUGAUAUUUUACGCGUACGGCGAAUUCUGAAUAGUGAGCUC